CACGUGGGUCAAAUUGCUUUUGCUUUCUCUGCGUUAGGCAAGAUUCUUAAGAUAGGCUGUCAGCCAGAUACGGUUACUCUGAAUACACUAAUGAAGGGCCUCUGUAUCAAUAAUGAGGUCGGGAAGGCCUUGGAUUUUCAUGAUGAUCUGAUAGCAAAAGGGUUUCAGUUAAAUGUAGUUAGCUAUGGCACAAUCGUCAAUGGCCUAUGCAAGAUGCGAAAAACAAGAGCUGCGGUUAAAUUGCUCCACAAAAUUGCUAGAGGGCCGGUUAAGCCUGAUUUAAUUAUUUAUAAUACAAUUAUUGAUGGCUUUUGCAGAGAAAGGCUUAUCACUGAAGCCUGUGGUUUAGUUCAUGAAAUGAUUGAUUACGGUAUAGCUCCUGAUGGCGUGACCUACAGCUCUCUCAUACGUGGCCUUUUUGUCAUGGGUAAAUGGUCAGAAGCUGCAAAAUUGUUUAAUCAAAUGAGACUUGAAGGCAUCAACCCUGAUGAUUAUACUUUUAAUAUAUUGGCUGAUGGAUUUUGUAAGGAAGGAAGUGUCACCAAAGCUGAAGUUGUCGUUGGCUUGAUGAUAAAGUGUGGUAUAAGACCUGAUGUAGUUACUUACAGCACUUUAAUGGAUGGUUACUGUUUGAUUAAUGAUGUUAGUGAGUCAAGAAAUCUAUUCAACAAGAUGGUCCAGAGUGGUUUGGCUCCUAAUGUUAUUAGUUAUAGUAUUUUAAUUAAUGGACUCUGUAAAAUCAAGAUGGUGGAUGAGGCCAUGGAUCUCUUUAUGGAGAUGAAGAGCAAAAGUUUGACUCCCAAUAUUGUCACCUAUAGCUCUCUUGUUGAUGGUUUGUGCAAAUCCGGUAAAAUGUCCUAUGUGCAGGAUAUUAUUUAUGAGAUGUAUGAUAGAGGUCAGGCCCCAAAUAUAAUAUUUUAUAGUAUCUUGUUAGAUGGAUUGUGCAAAAGUGGUCAUCUUGAUCAGGCUAUUACAUUAUUUCAGCGAAUUGUUGAUCAUAAAAUGCAGCCUGAUACAUGCACAUAUACUGUACUUAUUAGUGGUUUGUGCAAAGCUGGUAGAUUAAAUGAUGCGUGGCAGAUUUUUCAGUGUCUUUUGGUCAAUGGCUAUCCUUUGAAUGUCCGAGCAUAUACUGCAAUGAUGAAUGGACUCUGUAAAGAGGGUUUGUUCGAUGAGGUUAAGUCCUUGGCUUCUACAAUGAAGGAGAAUGGAUGCUCACCUAAUUUUGUAACCUUUGAUGGAGUUAUUAGACCUCUUUUGGAAAAAGGUGAGAAUGAUAUGGCAAAGGAUCUACUAGAUGAGAUGUUCACAAGAGGGAUUCUGAUUUUUCUUGGUGCUCGACUGUGGAGAGUUUUAAGCUCCUUAUUUUCUGAUUUGGUCACUGAGUUCAUGAAUUCCAGUGAGGUAAAGAAGGCAUUAGGGCGUGAUCUGAGAGAUGGUGCGGUUCAAGCAGAAGCAUGGGUGAAGAGAAUGAAAUGGGAAGGGAUUGAGAAAGUAUUUAUAUGCAGGUAUGUCUUCCCCAAAUUUGAUUUGUUCUCUGCGUCGUCUCUAUCUUUGUUCCUUCUUUCUCCUUCGUAUGCCCUAAUUCUCCCCUUCCGGUUCCAUUCCAACUCGACAAAUCCUCAGUGUAUCGAAGAGGCUCUUUCCUCUUUCAAUCGCUUGCUUUAUGUGCGCCCCCCACCCUCUAUAGUUCAACUUAAUAAGAUCUUAGGAUCUCUUGCAAAGUUGAAACAUCAUCCAACUGUUAUCUCCCUUUUCAAACAAGCACAAGCUAAGGGAUUCACGCCAGAUUUGGUUACACUGAGCAUCUUGAUUAACUGUUACUGCCAUGUGGGUCAGAUGACUUUUGCUUUCUCUGCCUUAGGCAAGAUUCUUAAGAUAGGCUGUCGGCCAGAUACGGUUACUCUGACUACAGUAAUGAAGGGCCUCUGUAUCAAUAAUGAGGUUGGGAAAGCCUUGGAUUUUCAUGAUGAUCUGAUAGCAAAAGGGUUUCAGUUAAAUGUAGUCAGUUAUGGCACACUUGUUAAUGGACUAUGCAAGAUGGAGAAAACAAGAUCUGCUCUUAAAUUACUGCAAAAAAUGGCGAGAGGGCCGGUUAAGCCUAAUCUUAUGAUUUAUAAUACAAUUAUUGUUGGCUUGUCCAGAGAAAGACUUAUAACUGAGGCCUGUGAUUUAUUUCAUAAAAUGAUUGAUCAUGGUAUGUCUCCUGAUAUUGUGACCUACAGCUCUCUUAUUCGUGGUUUUUGUGUCAUGGGUAAAUGGUCAGAAGCUGCAAAGUUGUUUAAUCAAAUGAGUUAUGAAGGCAUCAACCCUAAUGUUCAUACUUUUACUAUACUCGUUGAUGCAUUUUGCAAAGAAGGGAGUGUUACCAAAGCUGAAGCUGUUGUUGGCUUGAUGAUGAAGUGUGGUAUAAGACCUAAUGUAGUUACUUACAGCACUUUAAUGGAUGGUUACUGUUUGAUUAAUAAUGUUAGUGAGUCAAGAAAUCUAUUCAACAAGAUGGUCCAGAGUGGUUUGGCUCCUAAUGUUAUUAGUUAUAGUAUUUUAAUUAAUGGACUCUGUAAAAUCAAGAUGGUGGAUGAAGCCAUGGAUCUCUUUAUAGAGAUGAAGAGCAAAAAUUUGACUCCCAAUAUUGUCACCUAUAGCUCUCUUGUUGAUGGUUUGUGCAAAUCCGGUAAAAUGUCCUAUGUGCAGGAUAUUAUUUAUGAGAUGUAUGAUAGAGGUCAGUCCCCAAAUAUAAUAUUUUAUAGUAUCUUGUUAGAUGGAUUGUGCAAAAGUGGUCAUCUUGAUCAGGCUAUUACAUUAUUUCAGCAAAUUGUUGAUCAUGAAAUUCAGCCUGAUACAUGCACAUAUACUGUACUCAUUAAUGCUUUGUGCAACGCUGGUAGAUUAAAUGAUGCGCGACAGAUUUUUCAAUAUCUUUUGGUCAAUGGCUAUCCUUUGGAUGUCCGAGCAUAUACUGCAAUGAUGAAUGGACUCUGUAAAGAGGGCUUGUUUGAUGAGGUUAAGACCUUGGCUUCUACAAUGAAGGAGAAUGGAUGCUCACCUAAUGCUGUAACCUUUGAUAUAAUUAUUAGACCUCUUUUGGAAAGAGGUGACAAUGAUAAGGCAAAGGACCUACUAGAUGAGAUUUUCACAAGAGGUUAAGGUCAGAUACUUCGCUUCAGAAUUAUUUGACUGUUGAUACUCACUUUUGUGAUGAAAUUUGCUGUAAUAUUCAACAGAUUUGUUUCUUGCAAUUAAACUUUGUGGAGUUUAUAACAGCUGACUGCAAUUGCCCAUGUUCUGUUUGCAUCA